CUCUGCCCCCCCGUAGCCAGGGCCGAGUCAAUAAAUUCCCCCGCCGCAGUCCCCUGCUAGUUCAGGGGCAGAAACAUCCAAAUAACUAUGGCUUUGAGGACGACACAGACCUGGCUCUGCUGGCUCGCAGUUCUGCUCUUUUCUGGAGAAGAAGCUUUAUCUCAAAAAUGCCAGUCGGACCUCCUGAGAAAUCUGACAGCUAAUCUCCAGAAGGCGGUGGACUGUGGUCUGGAGCCUCCUGCAGACUGGGAGGACAAGAGCACGGCCCUGCUCCUGAUGAACAUGAGGAAUCUGACUGAGACGCUGCACAAACACCAGCUGGCAGCGUGCCAGGGUGCUGAGCCAAGCCAAUGCCAUGAGGCUGAAGUUCCCAGAAAUGGAGGACUGGCGUGUGCCACGGUUGCCCAGAAACGCUACUGCAAACCUCUCUGCAACAACGGUUACGAUUUUAGUUUUCUGAGGAGGAGCCGCUUGUUUGAUGAAUGCAGCGAGCAGACAGGAUUCAGAUGGAAUAGCCAGUACGUGGGAGGAAACACCCUGGCUGUUUGCAAUGAAGCACAUAUUUCCGUUGCGGGGGCAAGUACUGCGUAUUUCCCAAAAGGUCAGGACUGCCUUAAAACCAAAAGCAACAGUUUGAUGAGAGAGAGCAUCCUUGAAACGUUUGCCACGGACCUGAAGAACCAAGGCGUAGUGGGAGAGCUGCAGCACCGCUGCCUCGUGUGUGGGUGAAAAACACCCAAACCAUGACACACCAUGACACCAUGACACCAUGACACACUUGUGCUUUCACAAACAUUUCAAAUGGCAAUGGAAAUAAAUGGUUACUGAACUGGAA